AUGGAGGAACUAUCGUCGAAGCACAAUUUCACUGACGAAGAAAAAUCGUGCAUAACACAUUUUAACGCGAACCUCGCACAAAAUGAGGACGGGAGAUUUAUUGUUAAACUACCGUUCAAAGAAAAUUGUCAUCAUAUUGGUAACUCAUUCAAUGCAGCUCUACGAAGAUUUCUUUCAUUAGAAAAACGAUUAGUAAAAAAUCCCGAACUGUACACGAAGUAUAAAAUGUUUAUGAGUGAGUACGAAAGUCUUAAUCAUAUGGAACGUGUUUAUGAUAUGGGCGGCGAUAAGCAGGUAAUCGAUCACACAAAAUGUUUUUAUCUACCACACUCAUACGUAAUUAACGAUCGUAGUAGAACGACAAAAUUACGCGUGGUGUUUGACGGGUCGGCCAAAUCUAGUAGUGGUGUGUCAUUAAAUGACAUACUAAUGAACGGACCAAAAGUACAACCAGACUUAUUUGAAAUCGUGGUACGGUUUAGAACACAUAAAUAUGCAUUUUCGGCAGACAUAACGAAAAUGUAUCGUCAGGUGUUAGUUCACGAGGAAGAUCGUGACUAUCAACGUGUAUUAUGGAGAUCAGAUCCUAAUGAUGAAGUUAAGGUGUAUAGACUAUGCACUGUUACUUAUGGGUUAGCGCCAGCUGGUUUUUUGGCAAUAAGUUGCGUCAACCGCAUCAGCGACAAGACCACAAACACGAAGUUAAAAGAAAUAAUUAAGAAUGAUUUUUGUGUUGACGAUUGUCUUACCGGGGCAGAUACAUUGAUGGAAGCAAUAGAAUUACGCAACGAGUUAAUUUCAAUUAUGCAAAGUGUAGGAUUUGAACUAUCAAAAUGGACAACGAAUCAUACAGAUUUAUCUCCAAAGCAUAAUAAAAAUGAAUUAACGACCAUAUCGAUGGAUAGAGAACGCGUGAAAACUUUAGGUUUAUAUUGGGAACCGGAAAGUGAUUACUACACGUACGUCGUACAAGCACCGAAAAUAAAAACUGAAGCAACAAAAAGACACAUUCUUGCCGGCCUAGCGACGUUAUUUGACCCAUUAGGUUUAGUAGGUCCGGUAAUAUUGGUGGGAAAAAUAUUGUUACAAAGUUUAUGGCGUGAAAAAAUCGGUUGGGACAGCCCAGUUCCACCACACAUACAAUUGGAGUGGGAAACAUACAAUAAUUAUUUAAAUGAGCUUAAUUCGUUUAAUAUACCCCGUUGGCUGGGCUCCGACAAGAAAAAACAAAUAGAAAUACACGGAUUUGCUGAUGCAUCAAUGAAAGCAUACGGUGCAUGUAUAUAUAUGCGUACGACAGAUACGGAAGGCAUCAUUAAAUCGCAAUUAGUGUGUGCAAAGUCUCGUAUUGCGCCAGUAAAUGUUAUUUCAAUCCCCAGAUUAGAAUUAUGUGCAGCGCUGCUCUUAUCGCGCCUAAUAGACGUAAUUAUACCCGCUCUUCGAUUGAAUAUAUCACGGCGAUAUUUAUGGACUGAUUCGACUGUCACGCUAGCUUGGAUAGCCGCGGAGUCAAGCAAGUGGAAGACGUUUGUUGCGAAUCGUGUAGGCGAAAUCCAUACGUUGACUGAUCGCGCGGAGUGGGGGCAUGUGACGUCGAAUGACAAUCCAGCAGACGUGUUGUCGCGAGGGUGUACGCCUAGCGAACUAAAAUAUAACACACAGUGGUUAGGUUAG